AAUUCCCACAAAUUCUGUCACAGAUUAAACCUUCAACUUUCUCAACAAUCUUAAUUAACUUCUUUGGUCUCAUUCCCAUGGAUUCUGCACCCCGUACUCUGGAAAUCACAGUUUUAUCUGCUGAAAACCUGCGUCUGGAUGGAAAAUCCGUGAAAAAGGACGCCUUCGUUGUUGUAAAAUUUGAUUCUCUCAUUUCUAAAUCUACCAAGGCUGAUCAUGAAGGGGGAAGCAAUCCUUCCUGGAAUCAAAAACUCGAAAUGGACAUGCCAAUACAUGCUCGCUUUAUUGUCCUGGAAGUGCAAUGUAAGAUUGGCUCAGGGAAUAGGGUUAUUGGCACAGCUAUGGUUCCUGUUUCUGAUUUUUUUGGGGGUUAUACACCAGUGAACUAUUUGCACUUUUUGAGUUACAGGCUGAGGGAUGCGAGGGGUGUAAAGAACGGAAUUAUUAAUGUUUCUGUAAAAGUGAAGGGGCUAGCAGUAUCGGGAAAGAAUUUACCGCAUUACCAGAUUUCUUCCUCGUCAUCGUCGUCACGGCCAACCUGGGGAUUGCCUGCGGUGGAGAAGAAUUAUCCUGGAGGAGUAGUAACAGGAGUUCCUGUUUGGUGUGCAUCUCGUGCUUAAUUAUUUGAUUUGGGGUUUUGUCUUGACUUUGGAUUGUUAUCCUAACUCUGACCCAAACAACCAUUCAUUAAUUUCUUUAGAAUUAGAGAGUAAUUUGUUUGCACCCAAUUAAUAAAAUAUAUGAUAAAUUCAUUCUUCUA